AUGGCUGCUCCUACUGCUGUAAAGAACGUGGCGGAACCCGCUGUAGAGGUGCAGGCUAUUGCCCCUUCAUCCGUGGAAGAAGAUGACGAAAUGCUCAUUGAAGCUUCCACAGUGCCGGUUUCGAAUCAAGCUGAGGCUGAAAAAAACACUAAAGAAUCCGCUGGAGUUGUGUUGGAUGAAAGUGGAAAGCCCAAAUUUACUGCUGCUACCAAUAGCGGAAUGAAGGUCAAGCUUGAGAGCAGAAAAGUUGCUGUUCCACCACACAGAAUGACUCCGUUGAAGAAUGUUUGGCCCAAGAUAUAUCCUCCUUUGGUAGACCAUUUGAAAUUACAAGUGAGAAUGAACCUUAAGACUAAAACUGUUGAAUUGAAAACGAACAAAAGCACAACCGAUGUAGGAGCUCUUCAAAAAGGUGCUGAUUUUAUCAAGGCUUUCACUUUAGGAUUUGAUGUAGAUGACGCUAUUGCCUUGUUGAGAUUGGAUGAUUUGUAUAUCGAGACUUUUGAAAUCAAGGAUGUUAAGACUUUGACAGGCGACCAUUUGUCUAGAGCCAUCGGAAGAAUUGCUGGUAAAGAUGGUAAGACCAAGUUUGCCAUCGAAAAUGCCACCAGAACCAGAAUAGUAUUGGCAGACUCCAAGAUCCACAUCUUGGGAGGGUUUACUCAUAUCAGAAUGGCCAGAGAAGCUGUGGUGUCGUUGAUCUUGGGUUCUCCCCCAGGAAAGGUCUAUGGUAACUUACGUACAGUUGCCUCGAGAAUGAAAGAACGUUACUGAUUCUCACUUUGCAUUAUCCCUGUAAAUUAGUCGUAUAGAAAUGAAGAAAAGUCAUG